UAUAAUUUUCUUUUAUAUUUCGUGUGUUUUUCUUUUUGAAGAUUUUUUAUCUUUCUUUGUAAUAUCAUUUGAGAAGAGUUAAAGAUCUGUAUUGUUUUUAAAAAUCUUCAUCCUCAGAUAUGGUAACAUUUUAGUUGUUCUUCACGUUUCCGUGGUUGAUUCUUGAAAAAAGAACCAGCUUUUCGCCUAUGCUACUGUUCCCGGGCUCUCUUUCCCGAGAGAGCCUUUCAUCAGCGAUAUCCUGCUUGUUCCUUAGCAUUAGGAUCAAUAUUUAUUGGCUUUGUGCUUUCUAAACCCCUUUUGAAAGUUGGAUCUUUGAAGCAGAUUUUAACCCUUUUUUUUCUUCUUUCGUUUCACUAGCUUGUUCAUCACCACCAAAGAAAGUAGAAGGAAGAAACCCACAAAAAACAUCCGCUUGGCUUUUAUUUGAGGCUGACUCAAAUCAAAACUCCUCAUUUUAGCUUACUCUCUCUCUAUCUCUCUCAUAUAUAUAUCACAGAAAAAGGACGUUAUUGACUAAGAAACAAAGUGAUAUUAGUUGUGAAGCUAAAUCCUCCCAAACAAGCUCUCACAGCUUUCCUUCACUCACUCUCACCGAGUUCUUUGUCUGAUAAAUUCUCAUAUAUAAUACAAAGAGAGAUUGUUUCUUUCAGUGUUGGUCUUAACUAGAAAUGGCUAUGGCGGUGGCCCAACAUAGGGAGAGCAGCAGUGGAAGUAGCAUCGACAAACAUCUUGAUGCUGGCAAGUAUGUUAGGUACACGGCUGAGCAAGUCGAAGCCUUGGAACGAGUCUAUGCUGAGUGCCCUAAGCCUAAUUCCUUGCGCAGGCAACAGUUAAUACGGGAAUGCCCCAUUCUUUCUAACAUUGAACCUAAACAGAUCAAAGUUUGGUUUCAGAAUCGGAGGUGCAGAGAGAAGCAAAAAAAGGAGUCAUCGAGGCUGCAGACUGUGAAUAGAAAAUUAACAGCAAUGAACAAGCUGUUGAUGGAGGAGAAUGAUCGGUUGCAAAAACAGGUGUCUCAGCUGGUCUGCGAGAAUGGGUAUAUGAAGCAACAACUGCAUACUGUAAAUGUUUCAGCACCUGAUGCAAGUGGUAAUUCCUUGGUCACCACUCCUCAGCAUUCACUGCGAGAUGCCAAUAGCCCCGCUGGACUACUCUCCAUUGCAGAGGAGACCUUGGCAGAGUUCCUUUCCAAGGCUACGGGAACUGCUGUCGAUUGGGUCCAGAUGCCUGGGAUGAAGCCUGGUCCAGAUUCGGUUGGGAUAUUUGCCAUUUCCCAAAGUUGUAGUGGAGUGGCAGCUCGAGCCUGUGGUCUUGUAAGUUUAGAACCUAUAAAGAUUGUGGAGAUUCUUAAAGAUCGUCCAUCUUGGUCUCGGGACUGCCGGAACCUUGAAGUUUUUACAAUGUUUCCAGCUGGCAAUGGCGGAACAAUUGAGCUUGUAUACACACAGACAUUCGCUCCGACUACGCUGGCUCCUGCAAGGGAUUUUUGGACUCUAAGAUACACUACAACUUUAGAAAAUGGCAGUCUUGUGGUCUGUGAGAGAUCACUUUCUGGUUCGGGUGCUGGACCGAGUGCAGCAGCUGCUGCUCAAUUUGUGAGAGCUGAAGUGCUUCCUAGUGGUUAUUUAAUUAGGCCUUGUGAGGGUGGAGGGUCAAUCAUCCAUAUCGUCGACCACCUGAAUCUUGAGGCAUGGAGUGUGCCGGAGGUGCUGCGCCCACUUUAUGAAUCAUCUAAAAUAGUUGCUCAUAAAAUGACGAUUGCGGCACUGCGCUACAUCAGGCAGAUUGCUCAAGAGACAAGUGGUGAGGUGGUUUACAGUCUUGGCCGGCAACCAGCCGUACUAAGAACAUUUAGCCAAAGAUUAAGCAGAGGAUUCAACGAUGCAAUAAAUGGAUUCAACGAUGAUGGAUGGUCCAUACUAAAUUGUGAUGGAACUGAGGAUGUGAUAAUUGCAAUCAAUUCAAGCAAGAGCUUUGGCAGCACUUCUCAUCCUGCUGCUGCCUUUUCGUUCCUUGCGGGUGUUCUAUGUGCGAAGGCAUCCAUGUUGAUUCAAAAUGUUAGUCCUGCUGUGCUUGUACGUUUCCUGAGGGAGCAUCGCUCGGAGUGGGCUGAUUUCAAUGUUGAUGCUUAUUGUGCUGCAUCGUUGAAGGCUGGAACAAAUGCCUAUCCUGGAAUGAGACCUACAAGGUUUACGGGGAGCCAGAUCAUCAUGCCACUUGGACACACCAUUGAACAUGAGGAGAUGCUCGAAGUAAUAAGACUUGAAGGCCAGUCUUUUGUGCAAGAAGAUGCCUUCGUAUCAAGGGACAUUCAUCUAUUGCAGAUAUGUAGUGGAAUUGAUGAGAAUGCUGUGGGUGCCUGUUCAGAGCUUGUAUUUGGCCCAAUUGAUGAGAUGUUUCCAGAUGAUGCUCCCUUGCUACCUUCAGGGUUCCGUGUUAUUCCUUUGGAUUCAAAACCAUCUGAUCCACAAGAUCCAUUCAUUGCAAAUCGGACUUUGGAUCUGGCUUCUAGUCUCGAAGUAGGACCAGCAACAAAUCAUGCUGCAGGAGAUGCUCCAUUGUGUCAGAGCACAAGAUCAGUGUUGACAAUUGCCUUCCAGUUUCCAUUUGAAAGCAAUCUUCAGAAUAACAUUGCAAACAUGGCACGUCAAUAUGUCCAUAGUGUCAUUUCUUCUGUCCAGAGGGUUGCCAUGGCCAUAUCACCAGCUGGAUUGAACCCAGCUACCGGACCAAAGCUAUCUCCAGGCUCUCCAGAAGCACUUACACUGGCUCAAUGGAUUUGCCGGAGCUACAGUUUCUAUUUAGGGACGGAGUUGUUGAGGUCUGAAUCACUUGGCGGUGACUAUCUAUUGAAGAAUCUCUGGCAACACCGGGAUGCAAUAUUGUGCUGUUCAUUGAAAGUCUCAACAGUUUUCAUAUUUGCAAAUCAAGCUGGACUGGACAUGCUCGAGACAACUCUAGUGGCUCUACAAGACGUAACUUUGGACAAAUUGUUUGAUGAGUCUGGACGCAAGGCAUUGUGCUCUGAUUUUGCCAAGUUAAUGCAGCAGGGAUUUGCUUCCUUGUCGGCUGGAAUCUGCAUGUCAACAAUGGGACGCCAUGUUUCAUACGAACAAGCUUUUGCCUGGAAAGUCCUUGAAGCCGACGAGACCACUGUCCAUUGCCUCGCCUUAUCCUUUGUUAACUGGUCUUUUGUGUGAAAUGCAUCUCACUGUAAUUUAUUUUGUCCGAAAACCAAGCUUUCCCCCUACCUGUCCAUGGAAAACGGAAAUGAUGAAUAAAUCAGGAAAAAAAAUGCAAUGAAGAACAGGUACAAAGCUUUGUAAUAUGGAAGGCACCCGGUUCAGGUUUGCAUUU